AUGGUGAAACCCAAUGUCUUCGGUGAAGAUGAUUCAGAAGAGGAGAUAGAAAAGCCGGUGAUUCCCAGACGCAAACUAUUUAUUCCUGAGGCUGGGACUGAGGAGAACGUAAAUACAAUUGAUGCGAUAGACGGCAAGGAUUACAUGGAGUUACAGAUCCAUGAUACUACAGAAACGAAACCAAAAAACCUGCUACCAGCCAGUAUGAAGACUGGUUUGACUGAAAAGUACGAUGUGAUUCAAAAAAAGACAACCGAGGCAGGGCUGAAGAGAUCGUUAUUUGGAGCGAUAGACUCCCAGGCCGAAGCAGAAGAGCUUCCCAACAAGAAGUCUAAAGGUCUUAGCAUGAUGGAGAAAAUGGGCUUCAAAGUGGGUGAGGGAUUGGGCCGAAACAAGGACUCUAUCAAAGAACCUGUUUCUAUAAAUACGGAACAAAACAAGGCGAAUUCGCGAAUGGGAAUACGAGUGAAGGAUAACACGAUACUGGACCAACCGCACACUUCCGUUGAGAUUGAUGCCAAGGAAUUUCAAAACAGAUUAACAGAGACAUCAGAGAUCAAAAGAAACGAACAAACUCUGCGAACCAUGCAAAAGACCAUGGUGAACUUGGGUUGGUUGGGAUAUGGCGGUUUCGAGGAAUUGCUGAAUGCAGAUAUGAAUGUGAUUCCCGUCUGGUUAAGAACAUAUGUGUGGAACAUGAAGGAGAAAUUGCAAAAGACAAACGAGGAAAAAGAACAGGAAGACGAAGAAGAACCCUAUUCCAAGCCCCAGAAGAACUACAAGCUAGAGGAGGACGAAGAGGUCUCGGAGUAUGAUGCCGAGCCAAUUGCCAAGAGAGUGGUAGAUGCAAACAAAUCCCUUCGUGACCUGAACUAUUGUUACUACUGCGGAACCAAAUACAAAGACGCUGCAGAAAUGGCCGAGUUUUGUCCGGGGGAACAAGAAUUUAGUCAUCAGUGA